AUAGCUCUCUCAGUCAGAGCAAAACCGAAUGUGAAGCCUCUUUAAAACACUCCUUACCGGCUUGGUUCUGACGUUCUGGGCUGCAGAGCCACGCCACCAGGAUCCUGGGCUGUGUACACAGGAAGCUUCUGUGAACCAACUUUUCAGGAAAGAGCAAUGGAGAGAGGACAGAUGCGCCAUCGGAGACAGAGGCAAGUCCUGGUUUUCUUUGUUUUGCUGGGCAUGUCUGGGGCGGGCACCGAGUUGGGGCCUUAUUCCAUGGUGGAGGAAAUGGAGAGGGGCUCUUUCGUGGCAGAUCUAGGAAAAGACCUGGAGUUGGGAUUGACGGAGCUGUCCUCCCAUGGGGCCCGGAUCAUUUCCCAGGGGAACAAAGAGCCUUUGCAGCUCAAGGUUCAAACUGGCGAUUUGCUCAUAAACGAGAAGCUAGAUCGAGAGGAGCUAUGUGGCCCCACUGAGCCUUGCGUACUACAUUUCCAAGUGUUAAUGGAAAAACCCUUAGAAAUAUUUCAGGCUGAACUGAGGGUGAGAGACAUAAAUGACCAUUCUCCUGUGUUCACGGAAAGAGAAACGAUUCUAAAAAUACCAGAAAACAGUCCUCUAGGAAAUGCAUUCCCUCUGAAUAAUGCUGUGGACUUGGACGUAGGUACCAAUAAUGUUCAGAACUAUAAAAUCAGUCCCAACCCCCAUUUCCGCGUUCUGACCCGAGAACGCAGUGACGGCAGGAAAUACCCUGAACUGGUGUUAGAUAAAGAGCUGGAUCGGGAGCGGGAGCCUGAACUAAGACUAACCCUAACAGCACUGGAUGGCGGCUCUCCACCCAGGUCUGGGACCGUCCAAGUCUGUGUUGAAGUGGUGGACACCAACGAUAACGCCCCUGAGUUUCAGCAACCGCUCUACAGAGUGCAGAUUCCCGAGAGCAGCCCCACUGGCUCCCUGGUUGUCACAGUCUCCGCCAGGGAUUUAGACAGCGGAGUCAACAGUAAAAUAUCCUACACACUCUUCCAGCCUUCGGAAGAAAUCAGCAAAACCUUGGAGGUAAAUUCUAUGACAGGAGAAAUUCGGCUGAGAAAACCAGUCGAUUUUGAAACAGUCCAAUCUUAUGAAGUGGACAUCAAAGCCACGGAUGGGGGAGGUCUUUCAGGAAAAUGCACUCUUCUUCUGCAGCUAGUGGACGUGAACGAUAAUCCCCCAGAAGUGACCACGUCUGCACUCACCAGCCCCAUUCCAGAGAACUCGCCUGAGACAGUAGUUGCUGUUUUCAGUGUCUCAGAUCCUGACUCCGGAAACAAUGGGAAGACGAUUCCCUCCAUCCAGGAAGAUAUUCCUUUUCUUCUAAAACCUUCCGUGAAAAACUUUUACACCUUGGUAACAGAGAGAGCACUCGACAGAGAAGCAAGAUCCGAGUACAACGUCACCAUCACCGCCACCGACCUGGGGACUCCCGCGCUGAAGACCCAGCACCACGUCACCGUGCGGGUCUCCGACGUCAACGACAACGCCCCCGCCUUCACCCGGGCCGUCUACACCCUGCUGGUCCGCGAGAACAACCGCCCCGCCCUGCACAUCGGCAGCGUCAGCGCCACCGACGCGGACGCGGGCGCCAACGCCCAGGUCACCUACUCGCUGCUGCCGCCCCCCGACCCGCGGCUGGCGCCGGCCGCCCUGGUGUCCGUGAACGCCGACCGCGGCCGGCUGUUCGCGCUGCGCUCGCUGGACUACGAGGCCCUGCGCGCCUUCGAGCUCCGCGUGGGCGCCGGCGCCGGGACGCUGUCGCGGAGCUGCGGGUAUGAGGUGUGCCUGACGGGGGGCUCGGGGGCCGGCGAGUUCCAGUUCCUGAAGCCGAUUGUCCCCGACAUUCAGGCACAGGGCCCUAAGAAGAAUAGUGAAGAGCACUCCGCCUUCCGAAAUAGCUUUGGGUUUAAUAUUCAAUAA